ACUGAGUGCCAUUGUUGAGUGGAAAAAGCUAAGGGACAGCGUCUAGGCCCUCUGUUCAAGCCCCAUCUUCAAUAGCAGCUUCUUAUAACAAUAAAACAAUUUGAAAACAAAUCACCUGGUUGAAAUAGUACUUCAAAAUGGGGGUCACCCAGUGAUGUUUUGGCAGCAUUUUUUCUCCCCAGUUGUUUAGAAGAAUCCUGGGUGUUAUGCUUCCAGCAUUUAGUGAUGAGCCUGACAGUUUCAGCUGUCUUCCUCUCCCUUCCUGGGACUGUGUUGAAAUGCAGUGCCCUGCCUUGUGUGGCUGUAUUCCAGUUUAUAAACAUGACUUCUGUAAGAAGGGAGCAAAGUUAGCUGUUUAUUUUGUCAAACCUGGCCCUUCGUCAUGUGAUAUUUGCCCAAUAGCUCCUGUUGUAGUGACAUUCUUGUGGUAAGUGUGGCCCCUUAAAAAACUUAUUUUUCAAUGUUAAAUGAACUUCCAGCUGGUGUCCUGAAAAACAUUUAAGCAUCUCUCUCUAGAAUUUAAUCAAGAGAAGCAGUAAUACUACUGGAGCCUGGGCCUGGGUCUAGAGCGGAGGUGGCAAAUGAUAGGCAGGAGCUGUUGUGGUCUCUGGGCUCAUUUGCACAGAGGAGGAGCUGGCCUUUCCUGGGGAGGUAUUUCCGCUCACUGCAACAAAUGAGCGCACACAAAGGGUUGUAAUGUAAUGAGGCUUCUCUGGUGAUGUCACUUGUAAGUGUGGUCAAAGUCCAGUUCUUGGGGUCUAGUAGAAGCAGGAGUAGAGAUCAGUUGGUUUGUGUUCUCUCACUUCCCGGCUGUCAUUGCACCACACUGCCUACUUCAGUCACUAAACCAACCCAGCCCGGCUGGCCAUGAACGCUUAUAAGUACCAGAAGUUCCUGGAGGGACUGAACAAUCUUAGAGAUGAGCGGGACCGGGUUCAGAAGAAAACGUUUACCAAAUGGGUCAACAAGCACUUGAUGAAGGUCCGUAAACACAUCAAUGAUCUUUAUGAAGACCUGCGUGAUGGCCAUAACCUGAUCUCUCUGCUGGAGGUCCUCUCAGGCAUCAAACUGCCUCGAGAGAAGGGCAGGAUGCGUUUUCAUAGGCUGCAGAAUGUGCAGAUUGCUCUAGACUUCCUAAAACAGCGACAGGUGAAGCUAGUGAAUAUUCGAAAUGAUGAUAUUACAGACGGCAACCCCAAGCUGACCCUGGGCCUGAUCUGGACCAUCAUUUUGCAUUUCCAGAUCUCUGAUAUCUACAUUAGUGGGGAAUCAGGGGAUAUGUCAGCCAAGGAGAAGCUACUCCUGUGGACUCAGAAGGUGACAGCUGGUUACACAGGAAUCAAAUGCACCAACUUUUCUUCCUGCUGGAGUGAUGGGAAGAUGUUCAAUGCUCUGAUUCACCGAUACAGACCUGAUCUGGUGGAUAUGGAGAGAGUACAGAUCCAAAGUAACCGAGAGAAUCUGGAACAGGCUUUUGAAGUGGCAGAAAGACUGGGGGUGACCCGGUUGUUGGAUGCAGAAGAUGUGGAUGUGCCAUCUCCAGAUGAAAAGUCUGUAAUCACUUAUGUGUCUUCAAUUUAUGAUGCCUUCCCUAAAGUUCCCGAGGGUGGAGAAGGGAUCAGUGCUACGGAAGUGGACUCCAGAUGGCAAGAAUACCAAAGCCGAGUGGACUCCCUCAUUCCCUGGAUCAAACAGCAUACAAUACUGAUGUCAGAUAAAUCUUUUCCCCAGAACCCUGUUGAACUAAAGGCACUUUAUAACCAAUAUAUACACUUCAAAGAAACAGAAAUUUUGGCCAAGGAGAGAGAAAAAGGAAGAAUUGAGGAGUUAUAUAAAUUAUUAGAGGUAUGGAUUGAGUUUGGCAGAAUCAAGCUGCCCCAAGGUUAUCACCCUAAUGAUGUGGAAGAAGAAUGGGGAAAACUCAUCAUUGAGAUGCUGGAGCGAGAGAAAUCCCUCCGGCCAGCUGUAGAAAGACUGGAAUUGCUGCUACAGAUUGCAAACAAAAUUCAGAAUGGUGCUUUGAACUGUGAAGAGAAACUGACACUAGCUAAGAAUACACUGCAGGCUGAUGCUGCUCACCUAGAAUCAGGACAACCAGUACAGUGUGAAUCAGAUGUCAUCAUGUACAUUCAGGAGUGUGAAGGUCUCAUCAGGCAGCUGCAGGUGGAUCUCCAGAUCCUACGAGAUGAGAAUUACUACCAACUGGAAGAAUUGGCCUUUAGGGUUAUGCGCCUGCAGGAUGAGCUAAUCACCUUGCGUCUAGAGUGUACAAACCUAUACCGGAAGGGCCAUUUCACUGCACUUGAAUUGGCUCCCCCCUCUACUUUAACCACUACUCAUUUGAAAGCAGAGCCUUUGACCAAGGCAACCCAUUCUUCCACUUCUUGGUUCCGAAAGCCCAUGACUCGGGCUGAACUUGUGUCUAUCUCCUCCUCUGAAGAUGAAGGCAAUCUCCGAUUUGUAUAUGAACUACUGUCUUGGGUAGAAGAGAUGCAGAUGAAAUUGGAGCGAGCAGAGUGGGGCAAUGACCUGCCCAGUGUGGAGUUGCAGCUGGAAACACAGCAGCACAUCCACACUAGUGUAGAAGAAUUGGCUUCAAGUGUCAAAGAAGCCAGGUUGUACGAGGGAAAGAUGUCCCAGAAUUUCUAUACCAGUUAUGUUGAAACUCUUGGAAAGCUGGAGACACAGUAUUGUAAAUUGAAGGAGACUUCUAGCUUCCGGAUGAGGCACCUUCAGAGCCUGCAUAAAUUUGUCUCCAGAGCUACCGCUGAAUUGAUCUGGUUGAAUGAGAAGGAGGAGGAGGAACUAGCAUAUGACUGGAGUGACAACAAUCCCAAUAUCUCAGCCAAGAGAAACUACUUCUCUGAGUUGACAGUGGAACUGGAGGAGAAACAAGAUGUGUUUCGGUCUUUACAAGACACAGCAGAACUACUGUCACUUGAGAACCACCCUGCCAAACAAACAGUGGAGGCAUACAGUGCUGCUGUCCAGUCCCAGUUGCAGUGGAUGAAGCAGCUGUGUUUGUGUGUUGACCAGCAUGUGAAAGAAAAUACAGCUUACUUCCAGUUCUUCAGUGAUGCACGAGACCUGGAGACGUUCUUGAGGAACCUCCAAGAUUCUAUCAAACGAAAAUAUUCCUGUGACCACAGCACCAGUUUAUCCCGCCUUGAAGACCUACUCCAAGACUCCAUGGAUGAAAAGGAGCAGCUUAUACAGUCCAAGAGCUCAGUUGCCAGUCUUGUUGGGAGAUCAAAAACCAUUGUUCAGCUAAAACCACGAAGUCCAGACCAUGUGUUAAAGAGCACCAUUUCUGUGAAGGCCAUCUGUGACUACCGGCAAAUUGAGAUAACUAUUUGCAAGAAUGACGAGUGUGUGCUGGAAGAUAAUUCUCAGCGAACCAAGUGGAAAGUGAUCAGUCCCACAGGAAAUGAGGCAAUGGUACCAUCAGUCUGCUUCCUUAUCCCCCCACCCAAUAAGGAUGCCAUGGAGAUGGCCAGCAGGGUGGAACAGUCUUACCAGAAAGUGAUGGCUCUUUGGCAUCAGCUGCAUAUUAACACCAAAAGCCUUAUCUCCUGGAACUAUUUGAGAAAGGACCUUGACCUUGUACAGACCUGGAACCUAGAAAAGCUUCGCUCUUUGGCAUCAGGGGAAUGCCACCAGGUUAUGAAGAACCUUCAGACCCAUUAUGAAGACUUCCUGCAGGACAGUCGUGACUCUGCACUCUUCUCUGUGGCUGAUCGCUUGCGUUUGGAAGAGGAGGUAGAAGCUUGUAAAGCCCACUUCCAGCACCUGAUGAAAUCCAUGGAGAAUGAGGACAAAGAGGAGACUGUGGCCAAGAUAUAUAUCUCAGAGCUAAAGAAUAUCCGGCUACGCCUAGAAGACUAUGAACAGAGACUGGUCAAACGAAUCCAGUCUCCAGCCAGCUCUAGGAUGGACAAAGAUGCCCGACAAGACAUUGCAUUAAAGAUUUCAGAGCAAGAGCAUACCCAGGAAGAUUUGCAGCAACUCAAGUCUGAGCUGGAUGCUGUUUCCAUGAAAUGCAACAACUUUCUCCAUCAGUCUCCAUCUGGUUCAAGCAUCCCAACUCUACGCUCAGAGCUGAAUCUGCUGGUGGAGAAGAUGGACCAUGUCUAUGGUCUCUCUACUGUCUAUCUAAAUAAGUUAAAGACCAUUGAUAUUAUAGUACGUAGUAUACAGGAUGCUGAACUCUUGGUCAACGGCUAUGAAAUCAAGCUGAGUCAAGAAGAAGCAGUACCAGCAGAUCUUUCAGCUCUGGCAUCCCACCGGACCACAUUGCAGCAUUGGCUUAGUGAUGUGAGGGAGAAGAACUCAGUGUUCUCCGUCCUGGAUGGGGAAAUUACCAAGGCUAAGGCAGUGGCAGAGCAGAUGAGUCGCCUCACACCAGAGCGAAACCUGGAUUUAGAGCGCUGCCAGGAAAAAGGUGCCCAGCUGCAAGAUCGUUGGCAUCGUGUUAUUGCCCAGCUGGAAACCCGCCAAUCUGAGCUUGAAAAUAUCCAGGAGGUUCUGGGAGAUUACCGAGCCUGCCAUGGAACUCUCAUCAAGUGGAUUGAGGAAACCACUGCUCAGCAGGAAAUGAUGAAACCUGGCCAGGCAGAGGACAGCAGAGUACUAUCAGAACAGCUCAGCCAGCAGACGGAUCUAUUUGCUGAAAUUGAGAGAAAUCAGACAAAGCUGGACCAGUGUCAAAAAUUUUCCCAGCAGUAUUCCACUAUUGUGAAGGACUAUGAAUUGCAACUGAUGACAUACAGGGCCUUUGUGGAAUCACAGCAGAAAUCCCCUAGCAAGCGCCGUCGCAUGCUUUCCUCUUCAGAUGCCAUCACACAAGAGUUCAUGGACUUGAGGACACGCUAUACAGCAUUGGUGACCUUAACAACUCAGCAUGUGAAAUACAUCAGUGAUGCACUCCGGCGGUUAGAGGAGGAGGAGAAAGUGGUAGAAGAGGAAAAACAAGAACAUGUAGAAAAGGUUAAAGAACUUUUGGGUUGGGUGUCUACGCUUGCAAGAAAUACACAAGGAAAAAUUACUUCACCCCACACCAAAGAAUCCACAGACAUUGAAAAAGCUAUUUUGGAACAGCAGGUUCUGUCAGAAGAACUGACAACCAAGAAGGAACAAGUUUCAGAGGCCAUUAAAACUUCACAAAUCUUCUUGGCCAAGCAUGGUCAUAAACUCUCAGAAAAGGAGAAGGAACAGAUUUCUGAGCAGUUGAAUGCCCUGAACAAGGCUUACCAUGACCUUUGUGAUGGUUCAGCAAACCAGCUUCAACAGCUCCAUAGCCAGUUGGCUCAGCAAACAGAACAAAAGGGUUUCAGAGCAGUUGCUGGGGUGAUUGACCUAGGCACAGUAGAGAUGUUUCCCAUCUUCAGAGCCAUGCAAAAGGGCCUCAUUGACCAAGACACAGGCCUUGUGCUUCUGGAAUCCCAGAUUAUCAUGUCUGGUCUCAUUGCUCCUGAGACUGGUGAAGAGCUCUCUUUGGAGGAGGGCCUUGCCAGAAACCUCAUUAAUCCUCCCAUGUACCAGCAGCUCUGGGAGCUCCAGGAUACCCUGUCCUUAGUAAGCAGGCUUACUGAAAACAAAGGCCCCUUUUCUGUGGUAGAAGCAAUUGAAAAGAGAAUAAUCAGUGAGAGACUUGGACUGAAAGUCUUAGAAGCUCACCUGGCAACUGGAGGUUUCCAAGUUUCCCCCGGUGAGAACUAUAUUAACCUGGAGGAAGCCUUUCAUCAAGGCCUCAUUCCUGCUUGGCUUCAUUCAGCAUUAGAGUCGCACCUGAGAUCAUCCAGGAACUUGAUAGACCCCAACACAGCUGAGAAAAUAGGUUUACUGGAUCUGAUGCAGAGAUGUAUUGUCCACCAGGAGUCAGGAUUGAAAUUACUGCCUGUCAAGCAGUUGGCAGGAGGAAUGGUGAGCUUGAAAUCAGACCGGAAAGUUAGCAUUUUUCGUGCUGUUCAGGAAGGGCUAAUAGAUAGGCAAGUCACUGUUCGGCUCCUUGAAGCUCAGCUUUUUGCAGGUGGCAUUGUCGAUCCUAGAACAGGACACAGACUUACAGUGGAAGAGGCUGUAAGACAUAAUUUGAUUGACCAAGAUAUGGCCUGUGCUAUUCUCAUAAGGCAGCUUCAGACUGGAGGCAUCAUUGACACUGUCACGGGGCGUAGGAUAACAAUAGAUGAAGCAGUGAGCAAUGACCUAGUAACAGCUAAAAUUGCCCUUGUGAUACUGGAAUCUCUCUGGUCAUUCAUGGGGUUCCUAUGGCCUGAAUCUGGGGAGAUUCUCCCAAUUACAGAUGCUCUAGAACAAGGUAUAGUGUCUACUGAACUAGCACAUAAAAUCCUUAGUAACCGACAGCGUAUUGAAGCUCUUUUUUUACCAGCAACCACAGAGAUUUGCUCCUGGAAGAAAGCAAUAGAAACUAGUAUCAUGGACAAAGAUCUUGCCAACAACUUAAAAUUAAUUUGUAUCCCUGAUGUGAUGCCUCACAUGCAAUUAGCAGACUUUUCAGAGAGAAAAACAUCAGGCAUUACUUUUGGAGCAGCAGCACUACUGUGCAACAAGGGACAAAUUGAGGGCAGAGCAAACCAUAGAGAUAAGUUGUUAUUUCAGCUGAUGACUCAUAGCUAUAUUAAUGUGCACAAUGGACAGCGGGUCCUUCUGUUAGAUCAAGAACUGAUGGAGAUCCUGACAUCCAGAGAUGCAUAUCAAGCAAGUCCUUCAGAAGUGCUUGAAAUUGCACAUCAUAGACUAGACACUCCUAAGAAAUAUCAAGAAUCAACUGAGAACAUCACAGAAACUUUCAGUGAUGAGAUUACUAUGAGAUUCCAGCUUUCUUCUCAGAACAAAGAAUAUCCCCAUCAGGAAGAUUGCAUUGAAGCAAAAGGCAAGAAGACUGUUGUAGGAAUAAAAUACCCUUCUCUAGAGAACACUGAAAAGGAUCUGUCUAUAGGAGAGCAAAAAGUGGUUACUGAAAAUGUUGACACUUUGAAUGUCAGAAAUAAAGUCAACUCAGAGUUACAGAGGCAGUUGUUAGAUACUGAAAAUAAAGACCAAACAGAAAAUUCUUCUAGAGAACAUGCCAGCAGAGAACUCCUGAAGGUAUCUCCUAAGGAAACUGAAGGUGGGCCAUUGGAAGUUGACAAAUAUCUUUUUUCUGUUGAAACAACAGAGGGGAAAUGGCCAGCUCCCAGAAAGCCUUCCUUUACAAGUCUGAAAGAACAAGCAAAGACUCAUAAUACUAAAUAUAUCCCAAGUGCAACUGAAACACCUCUUAUAAAAUCCCAAAGCAGAAAGUCACAAGUUCAAGCAGAGAAGGCAUUAGGCUUAAAAUCAGGAUUUAAGUCAGAAAGUGAUGUAAAUAUUCAUUCUUUGGACAAAGAAAAGGUAUUAAGUGAAAUGCUUUUGACCAGGGAUGGCUGUAAAGAAAGCCACGGAGGCCAAAAAGCUGCAGAUGGUGAUACAGUGCUAAUACAAAAGACUGACACAGAAGAUCAUGGUAGUGAGACUUCCUUUUCAUGCAAUCAUCCUGAACUGCAUAAAGAAGCUCCCUUAAAUGUAUUGUCUACACAGCUUCUAGAUGGUGGUAUUUUUCAUGGAGGAACAGGUCAGAAACUUUUACUAAAUGAAGCAAUAGCUCAAGGUAUCGUGCCUAGCCACACUGCUGUGAAACUUAUGGGAAAACUGAACAUGUUUCGGGGCUUCUUUGACUCUCAUACCUCUGAGUCUUUGACAACUGAAGAAGUUAUUGAUGAAGGUCUGAUGAAUGAGACAUUAUUACAUAACGUUCUCAAGGCAGACAAGGCUAUAAGUGGUAUCUUAGACCCCUGUACUCACACACUAUACUCUGUUAAUGAUGCAGUGGCAGUUGGACUUCUUCACAAAGAAACUGCCACUAGGAUUUUAGAGGGGCAGGUGUUAACUGGUGGAAUUGUUGACCUGAAACGAGGCAAAAAACUUUCAGUAACUUUGGCCUCAAAUCUUGGUUUGGUGGACAAUACUGACCAGACAGAGCUUAUAAAUCUGGAGAAGGCUUCCAAAGGCAGAGAUGCUGACAGAACAGUUAGAGAGAGAUUGAUUGGUCUACAGAUGGAAACAACAGGACUUGUGGACCCUGAGAACAAAGCCCUUUUAACAGUUGUACAAGCCAUUGAUAGGGGUCUUUUAGAGAGAGAGGAAGCCAUUUGUUUCUUGGCUAAGCAGCUAGUCGAUGGAGGUAUCAUUCACCAUAUAUCUGGGAUGAGACUGUCUGUUGAUAAUGCCUUUAAACAUGGCUUGAUUGAUGAAGAUCUAGCCAACCAACUCAAAAAAGUUGAGAACUUAAACCUCCAUCAGUUUUUUCAUCCUGAAACAAAGGAAACCCUUUCUCUCCCUGAAGCUAUAAAAUUAGAUCUUGUUACCCCAGAGAUGAAAAGAGAAAUCCAAGAAAUUCAGGCCUUCAGUGAGAAUCUUGUGGAUAUCAUUUCUGGCCAGAGAUUGACCUUGGCAGAAGCUAACAAAGAAGGACUGUUAACUAACAAGGCAAUGCUAACUCCAGGAAUGAUGCAUGGGGUUGUAGAUCCGGAAAAUUGCAGAAUUGUUCCCUACUCAGAUUUGGUAAAGAAAUGUAAGAUUGAUAUUGAAUCUGGAUUGAAAUAUCUAGAAGUAAUUCCCUUCUCCGACAUUAAAGAUGGGGUGAGCGGCAAAGUGCUUACAUUAUCUGAAGCAAUUCAGCUUGGAAAAGUAGACUUUCCAUCUACACUGAAGGUUUUAGAAACUCAGGCAAACACUGGUGGAAUCAUAGAUACAGCCACAGGUAAAAGGCUUACAUUAGCAUUAGCUUUGGAACAAAAACUAAUGGAUGAAGACAUGACAAGAAUUAUUGCAUCUCAUCAGGUAUUAAAUGGAGGAAUUAUUGACAUAUUUAAUGGUCAAAGAGUGAGUGUACAACAAGCGGUUGAGAGAAGACUUAUCAGCCCUGAAUUGGCAUCUGCUUUAGAGGCUCAUGACCAUGGAGCUCAUAUUGAAAAGCAAGUAUGUGAGUUAAAUAAUGAAUUUCUAACUGCUGAAGUAAGUUGUGAGAAAGGAGAACAUGAGAGAUUCUUAGAAAUUGAAAGCCAAUCUACACAAGGAAAAGUUAGAGAUUCCGUUGGGGAAAUGACAAAAAGAAGCAGGAAGAUUUCACCGAAGGAAAUGGACAGUAAAGAUCAAGAUGAAGGAAGAAUUGUAGAUGCUAAAGGAGCAAUCAGCAUCAUUAUUCAUGGUAAUCUUAAAGGUAAAUCCUCAGACCAAGUUUCAGUGAUGCAUCCUUACUCAGAACCUUCUGAUCUGACACUCGAUGAGGUUGCUAAAAAUCAAAUGGGAAAAUGUACAGAUAUACAGCAGGAAAAAGUAGUGUCACCAAUAGAAAUGGUCAUUCAUAUCAAGCAAUCCACUUCCGGCCCAGAUGCUGAAGAAACAAGAGGAAGUCAAAGGGAAGUGGCUUCCAAAGUACAAGAAUCAAAUCAGAAGAUAUCAGGUAAGUUGCUGAGUGAGCAGCCAGUGAGUACUAAGGCGAAAAGUAAGAGAGAGAAGAGGGAGAUGACUGUAGAAGAAAGUGCCCAGACAUGUAAACCAGCAGUUCUUUCUGAAGCAAAAUUGAAUCAGAAAACUACCGUUGGUGAUGAGUGUGACUUCCAGUCUAUAGAAAUGAAUGGAGGUGAAACAGGGAAAGAAACUGAUAGAGAAAUGGAGUGUUCCGUUACUUGUAAAACUGAAGACUCUUGCCAAAUGACAACUAAAGGAAUUUCUGCAAGAGACCAAGAUGUUUCAACAUUCUUCAGCUCUGAACGAGUCAGUGAGGGAGAAGUAAAAAGAGUAAGCCUCUGCUCUACUUUAAAACCAGGAGAAAAUUUAUUUCAAGAAACCACUAGUGGGACACAUAGUGAGCCAUUUUCUUCUAUGACUCCCAGACCUGAAAUAUUGUGUAAACAAAAAACAGUUGUAAAAGCUCAAGUUACAGAUAUACCCCAAACUUUCAAAACAGACACAACUGUCCAAGAAACCACCAGACAAGAAACCAAUGAUUAUCAAGAUUCCUGUGUUAUUUCUAAGACUAGGGAAACCAAAGAUCCAAUUUCCACAUCUAAAAAGUGUAAAGAAAAGUCCUACCAAGAAGUACCUUCUGAUUCAACAGGAGCUCUUAAACUGAAAGAAAUUACAGUUUCUAGAGUACAUGCUAAAGAGGCUGGUUAUCUAGAAUCCUCAGAAAGAAAAGACUUUCAUCAUCAGGACAGCAAAGGUAAUAAUGAACUUGGUAGUGGAAUUCUCAAAUCUAAAGUAGUAACAACUCAAGAAACAAAUGGAGAGAGAUUUUUAGAAAUGGCAAGCCCUAUAGUUACGGGUUCUGAAGUAGGAUCUCUUGAAGGCAUAGUGAUUCAGAAAGGUCCUGGUGUUGUGGUAUCUCUUCUCCCAGAAAAAUUGCUCAGAGAUAAGUUGCAAAAAGAGAGUACAGGACUACAGGAUGCUAUCAUUAGUCCCACUAUUUCUGAGCUUAGUGAAGAAACAACUGUGUCCCAGAUGUCAUGCACUACAAUUAAGAUGGAUCAGAAGAAACCACAGAAAAGGCUGAGAGAUAGCCCAAACAAUGAACAAGCUCCCUUCAAAGCUAUACCUGGAGGAAAAGGAAGUGAAGGAAUAAAUCCUGAGGCCUUCAGAGCAACUCAAAAGGUGUUUAACCGGCAACUGUGUUUAGAACAUGAUGAGAAACUGGUAUCCUAUCUGUCUCUGUUACGGAACAUUGAAAUGAGGACCAAACAGAUUCAGCCUUUGGAAUUUAAACUGACAGAACUACAGAAUCUGCUGUGUCAGGCCAAGGUGUUAGACAGGGAGUUAAAUGAUCUGUCCAACUUGGUGAGUCAGGAAUUGGAGUGUGUGGAUCAGAUUAUCAACAGCCAGCCCCAAGAAGUCCCUGCUCAGCUGUUGAAGGCUCUGGAGAAAGAUGCCAAGAAUCUUCAAAAGUCUCUCAGCUCUGUAAGUGACAAUUGGAGUUCCAGACUACUCCACCUCCAGAAUGCCAUGGAAGUCAAAAAGACUACAGUGUUAAAUCAACACAUGCAGCUAGAAGGCAAGCUUCAAGAUCUAAGAACUUGGGUUGGCAAUGCCACUCUUAUUCUAAAGAGCAAAGAAUGUGACAACAAAACAGAUGUCAACAGCUUGAAUCACUCUCUCCAACAAUAUGAGGAUAUACAGCAAUCUGUGGCUGAAAAGAAAUCUCAGUUGGAUACUCUUGCUUUUGAUAUUCAGCUCUUUAUCUCUGAGCAUGCACAGGACUUGUCACCUCAGCAGAAUCAAAAAAUACUGAGGCUUCUGAAUAAACUGCAGAGCUCCUUCCAGGACCUCAUGGAACAAAUAGCAUCUCAGAUGGAUGAGUUGCAGGCCCAUCUUCAACAAAGGAAGCAGGAAGCCCAGGUUAAGACUCUGCAGAAACAACAAAAUACCUGUCAUCAGAAACUGGAGGACCUUUGCAGCUGGGUAGGACAGGCAGAAAAAGCACUAGUGAGCCAGCAGGGCAGAGCCUCCCCUCAGGAUCUCUCUGCUUUGCAGAAGAACCAAAGUGACUUGAAGGAUUUACAGGAUGACAUUCAGAACCGUGCCACCUCAUUUGCUUCAGUUGUCAAAGAUAUUGAAGGGUUUCUAGAAGAGAACCAAACCAGACUGAGUUCCCAGGAACUGACAACUCUUCAAGAAAAACUUCAUCACGCUAAGGAGCAAUAUGAGGCUCUCCAGGAACGAACCCGAGUGGCUCAAAAGGCAGUGCAGGAAGCAGUGACCUCAGCUUUACAGCAGGAGACUGAAAAGAGUAAAGCAGCAAAGGAGCUGGCAGAGAACAAGAGUAAGAUUGAUGCCCUCUUGGAUUGGAUGACUUCCAUGGAAUCAUCUGGUAAACAGCUACAGACCAAACUUCCGGGAAUGGAACAGCUCUCUGCAGCUACACUGGAGAAAAAAGCCUUUGAUACCACUGAUAGUUACAUGGGGAUGAACCACGCCCCAGAGAAACUGGAUAGGCAGUGCGAGACAACAAAGGCCCGUCACCAAGAAUUGCUGUCCCAACAACAAAAUUUCAUUCUGGCCACCCAGUCAGCUCAGGCCUUCUUAGACCAGCAGGGCCACAAUCUCACUCCUGAGGAACAACAAAUGCUGCAAGAGAAGCUAGGCAAGCUUAAGGAACAAUAUGCAUCUUCCCUGGCCCAGUCUGAGGUGGAACUAAAGCAGGUACAGACUCUGCGGGAUGAGCUGCAGAAGUUCCUUCAGGACCACACCGAGUUUGAAAUCUGGCUGGAACGAUCUGAGAAAGAACUAGAAAAUAUGCAUAAAGGAGUCAGUGGCCCUGAAGCCUUACCCUCCCUGCUAAAACGUCAGGGAAGCUUCUCAGAAGAUGUCAUUUCCCACAAAGGAGACUUGAGAUUUGUGACUAUCUCAGGACAGAAAGUCCUGGACACAGAAAACAACUUUGAAGAAGGUAAAGAGCCAUCCACAACCAGAAACUUAGUAAAAGAGAAGCUGAAGGAUGCAACAGAAAGAUAUACUGCUCUCCACUCAAAGUGUACACGAUUGGGCUCUCACCUGAACAUGCUACUGGGCCAGUAUCAGCAAUUCCAGAGCAGUGCUGACACACUGCAAGCCUGGAUACAGACUUGCAAGGCCAAAGUAGAUAAGCUCCUCUCAGAUACCAUUGCCUCUGACCCUGGAAUCCUUCAGCAGCAGCUUGCAACAACAAAGCAGUUACAAGAGGAACUGGCUGAGCACCAGGUACCUGUAGAAAAGCUCCAAAAAGUAGCUUGUGACCUCAUGAAAAUCGAAGGAGAGCCAGUCUUGAAUCCUCAACGUGUUCAGGAAACUACAGAUUCCAUACUCAGCUGCUUCCAAAGCCUUUCCUGUAGCUUGGCAGAGCGCUCUGCACUGCUACAAAAGGCAAUUGCCCAGUCUCAGAGUGUCCAGGAAAGUCUGGAGAGCUUGUUGCAGUCCAUCGGGGAAGUUGAACAAAACCUCCAUGGGGAACAGGUGGCAUCACUCUCAUCAGGAGUCAUUCAGGAAGCCCUUGCCAAUAAUAUGAAGCUGAAGCAGGACAUUGCUCGGCAGAAAAGCAGCUUGGAGGCCACCCAUGAGAUGGUGACACAAUUCAUGGAGAAAGCAGACAGCGGCACAGCAGCAGUACUACAGGGCAAACUGGCAGAAGUGAGCCAGCGCUUUGAGCAGCUCCGGCUACAGCAACAGGAGAAAGAAAGCACCCUGAAGAAGCUCCUGCCCCAAGCAGAGAUGUUUGAGCAGCUCUCUGAUAAACUGCAGCAGUUUAUGGAAAACAAAAGUCGAAUGCUGGCCUCUGGGAAUCAGCCAGAUCAAGACAUUGCACAUUUCUCUCAGCAGAUCCAGGAGCUCACUUUGGAAAUGGAAGACCAAAAGGAGAGCCUAGAUACCCUUGAGCACCUAGUCACUACACUGAGUUCUUGUGGCCUUCCACUAGACUUGUCCCAACACCAAGACAGGGUACAGAACCUCAGAAAGGACUUCACAUUGCUGCAGAAGACAGUUCAAGAAAGAGAGAAAGAUGCAUCAUCUUGCCAGGAGCAGUUGGAUGAAUUCCGGAAGCUGAUUAGGACCUUCCAAAAAUGGCUGAAAGAAACUGAAGGGAACAUUCCACCCGCAGAGACUUUCAUCAGUGCUAAAGAGCUGGAAAAACAGAUUGAACACUUGAAGGGUCUCCUAGAUGACUGGAAAAGUAAGGGAACUUUGGUGGAAGAAAUCAAUGACAAAGGCACUUCUUUAGAAAGUCUCAUCAUGGAGAUCACAGCACCUGAUUCCCAGGCCAAAACAGGUUCCAUACUGCCCUCUGUAGGAAGCUCUAUAGGCAGUGUAAACGGAUACCACACCUGCAAAGAUCUGACGGAGAUCCAGUGUGACAUGUCAGAUGUAAACUUGAAGUAUGAGAAACUUGGGAGAAUGCUCCAGGAACGUCAAGAAAACCUUCAGACUGUCCUCAACAGAAUGGAGGACAUUCAGAAGGAGACGAGCUCAGUGUUGCAGUGGCUGGAAUCGAAAGAGGAAGUUCUGAAAGCCAUGGAUGCCUCUUUGUCUCCAAGCAAGACAGAAACUGUGAAAGCCCAAGCAGAAUCUAACAAGGCUUUCUUGGCUGAAUUGGAACAGAAUUCUCCAAAAGUCCAAAAAGUUAAAGAAGCCCUAGCUGAAUUACUAGUGGCAUAUCCCAACUCACAAGAGGCAGAAAACUGGAAGAAAAUGCAGGAGGAACUCAAUUCCCGGUGGGAAAGGGCUACCGAGGUGACAGUGGCUCGGCAAAAGCAGCUAGAAGAAUCUGCAAGCCAUCUGGCCUGCUUCCAGACUGCAGAAUCUCAGCUCAGGCCCUGGCUAAUGGAGAAAGAGCUGAUGAUGGGAGUUCUGGGGCCCCUGUCAAUUGACCCCAACAUGUUGAAUGCACAGAAGCAGCAGGUCCAGUUUAUGCUGAAGGAAUUUGAAGCACGCAGGCAACAGCAUGAGCAGCUGAAUGAGGCAGCUCAGGGCAUCCUAACAGGCCCUGGAGAUGUCUCUCCAUCCACCAGCCAAGUACAGAAAGAGCUCCAGAGCAUCAAUCAGAAGUGGAUUGAGUUGACUGACAAACUUAAUUCCCGUUCCAGCCAAAUUGACCAAGCUCUUGUCAAAAGCACCCAGUACCAAGGAUUGCUCCAGGACUUAUCAGAGAAGGUGAAAGCAGUUGGACAUCGACUAAGUGGCCAGUCAGCCAUCAGCACCCAACCCGAGGCUGUAAAGCAGCAACUGGAGGAAACUAGUGAGAUUCGAUCUGACCUGGAGCAAUUAGACAAUGAGAUGAAGGAAGCCCAAACACUAUGUGAUGAACUUUCACUGCUCAUCGGUGAGCCGUAUCUCAAGGAUGAGCUGAAGAAGCGUUUGGACACAGUUGCCUUGCCACUCCAGGGUUUAGAAGACCUUGCAGCCGAUCGCAUGAACAGACUCCAGGCAGCUCUUGCCAGCACCCAGCAGUUUCAGCAAAUGUUUGAUGAGCUGAGGACCUGGUUAGAUGACAAACAAAGCCAGCAAGCAAAAAACUGCCCAAUUUCUGCAAAAUUGGAGCGACUGCAGUCUCAGCUUCAGGAGAAUGAAGAGUUUCAAAAGAACCUUAAUCAACAUAGUGGUUCCUAUGAAGUGAUUGUGGCUGAGGGGGAAUCUCUAUUGCUUUCCGUGCCUCCUGGAGAAGAGAAGAGAACUUUACAAAACCAGUUGGUUGAACUCAAAAGCCACUGGGAAGAACUUAGUAAGAAAACUGCAGACAGACAGUCUAGGCUCAAGGACUGUAUGCAGAAAGCUCAGAAAUAUCAGUGGCAUGUGGAAGACCUUGUUCCUUGGAUAGAAGAUUGUAAGAGCAAGAUGUCUGAGUUGCGGGUUACUCUGGAUCCAGUGCAGUUAGAGUCCGGUCUCCUGCGGUCAAAGGCUAUGCUGAAUGAAGUAGAAAAGCGCCGCUCCUUGCUGGAAAUACUAAAUAGUGCUGCCGACAUUCUAAUCAAUUCCUCAGAAACAGAUGAGGAUGGUAUUCGGGAUGAGAAGGCUGGUAUCAACCAAAACAUGGAUGCCAUUACAGAGGAGCUACAGGCAAAAACAGGUUCACUAGAAGAAAUGACUCAGAGGCUCAAGGAGUUUCAGGAAAGCUUUAAGAAUAUUGAAAAGAAAGUUGAAGGAGCCAAACACCAACUUGAAAUCUUUGAUGCUCUGGGCUCUCAAGCAUGUAGCAAUAAGAACCUGGAGAAGCUAAGAGCUCAACAAGAAGUGCUGCAGGCCCUAGAGCCUCAGGUGGACUACCUAAGAAACUUUACUCAGGGGCUUGUAGAAGAUGCACCUGAUGGAUCUGAUGCCUCCCAUCUUCUCCAUCAAGCCAAGGUCACCCAACAAGAGUUCUUAGAAGUAAAGCAAAGAGUGAAUAGUAGUUGCAUGAUGAUGGAAAACAAGUUGGAGGGGAUUGGCCAGUUUCACUGCCGAGUCCGAGAGAUGUUUUCCCAAUUGGCAGACCUGGAUGAUGAGCUAGAUGGCAUGGGUGCUAUUGGCAGAGACACAGAUAGCCUGCAGUCACAAAUCGAGGAUGUACGGCUGUUCCUUAACAAAAUUCAAGCCCUCAGGUUAGACAUAGAAGCCUCUGAAGCAGAGUGCCGACAAAUGCUAGAAGAAGAGGGGACUCUGGACCUACUAGGUCUCAAAAGGGAGCUAGAAGCCCUGAACAAACAAUGCAGCAAACUAACAGAGAGAGGUAAAGCUCGCCAGGAACAGCUGGAGCUGACCUUAAGUCGAGUAGAGGACUUCUAUAGGAAAUUGAAGGUUCUCAGUGACGCCACCACAGCUGCAGAGGAGGGAGAGGCGCUCCAGUGGGUAGUAGCCACCGAAGUGGAUGUCAUCAACCAACAGCUAGCGGAUUUUAAAAUGUUUCAGAAAGAACAAGUGGAUCCUCUUCAGAUGAAAUUGCAACAGGUGAAUGGACUUGGCCAGGGAUUAAUUCAGAGUGCAGGAAAAAACUGUGAUGUGCAGGGCUUAGAACAUGACAUGGAUGAGAUCAAUGCUCGAUGGAACACACUGAAUAAAAAGGUUGCACAAAGAAUUGCACAACUACAAGAGGCUUUGUUGCAUUGUGGGAAGUUUCAAGAUGCAUUGGAGCCAUUGCUCAGUUGGUUGGCAGAUACUGAGGAGCUCAUAGCCAAUCAGAAACCUCCAUCUGCUGAGUACAAAGUGGUAAAAGCACAGAUCCAAGAACAGAAGUUGCUCCAGAGGCUCCUAGAUGAUCGAAAGGCCACAGUAGACAUGCUUCAAGCUGAAGGAGGUAGAAUAGCUCAGUCAGCUGAACUGGCUGAUAGAGAGAAAAUCACUGGGCAGUUGGAGAGUCUUGAAAGUCGAUGGACUGAACUACUCAGCAAGGCAGCAGCCAGGCAAAAACAGCUGGAAGAUAUCCUGGUCCUGGCCAAACAAUUCCAUGAGACAACUGAGCCUAUUUCUGACUUCUUAUCUGUCACAGAGAAAAAGCUUGCCAACUCAGAACCUGUUGGCACUCAGACUGCCAAAAUACAGCAGCAGAUCAUUCGACACAAGGCUCUGAAUGAAGAAAUAGAAAACCAUGCCACAGAUGUGCACCAGGCAGUCAAUAUUGGGCAGUCUCUCUCUUCCCUGACAUGUCCUGCAGAGCAGGGUGUUUUGUCAGAAAAGCUAGAUUCACUGCAGGCUCGAUACAGUGAGAUUCAAGACCGGUGCUGUCGGAAGGCAGCCCUGUUUGAACAAGCACUGUGCAAUGCUAGACUGUUUGGGGAAGAUGAGGUGGAGGUGCUCAACUGGCUGGCUGAGGUUGAGGACAAGCUCAGUUCAGUGUUCGUAAAGGAUUACAGACAGGAUGUCCUGCAGAAACAGCAUGCUGACCACCUGGCUCUAAAUGAAGAAAUUGUUAAUAGAAAGAAGAAUGUAGAUCAAGCUAUUAAAAACGGUCAGGCCCUUCUAAAACAAACUACAGGUGAAGAGGUGUUACUUAUCCAAGAGAAACUAGAUGGUAUAAAGACCCGCUACACAGACAUCACAGUUGCCAGCUCCAAGGCCCUCAGAACUUUAGAGCAAGCCCGGCAGCUGGCCACCAAGUUCCAGUCUACAUAUGAGGAACUAACGGGGUGGCUGAGGGAGGUGGAGGAGGAGCUGGCAGCCAGUGGAGGACAGUCUCCCACAGGGGAGCAGAUACCCCAGUUUCAACAAAGACAGAAGGAAUUGAAGAAGGAGGUCAUGGAGCACAGGCUGGUGUUGGACACAGUGAAUGAGGUGAGCCGUGCUCUCCUCGAGCUGGUGCCUUGGAGAGCCAGAGAAGGGCUGGAUAAACUUGUGUCUGAUGCCAACGAGCAGUACAAACUGGUCAGUGACACUGUUGGACAAAGGGUGGAUGAAAUUGAUGCUGCUAUUCAGAGAUCACAACAGUAUGAGCAAGCUGCUGAUGCAGAACUAGCAUGGGUUGCUGAAACAAAACGAAAACUGAUGGCCUUGGGGCCAAUUCGACUUGAACAGGACCAGACCACAGCUCAACUUCAGGUACAAAAGGCUUUCUCCAUUGAUAUCAUUCGUCACAAAGAUUCAAUGGAUGAACUCUUCAGUCACCGUGGUGAAAUCUUUGGCACUUGUGGAGAAGAGCAGAAAGCUGUAUUACAGGAAAAGACAGAAUGUCUAAUACAGCAAUAUGAAGACAUUAGCCUGCUCAAUUCAGAGCGUUAUGCCCGCCUUGAGCGGGCACAGGUCUUGGUAAACCAGUUUUGGGAAACUUUUGAAGAGCUCAGCCCUUGGAUUGAGGAAACUCGAGCACUAAUAGCACAGUUACCUCCUCCAGCUAUUGAUCAUGAACAACUCAGACAACAGCAAGAGGAAAUGAGGCAAUUAAGGGAAUCUAUUGCUGAGCACAAACCUCAUAUUGAUAAGCUUCUAAAGAUAGGCCCACAACUAAAGGAAUUAAACCCUGAAGAAGGGAAAAUGGUAGAAGAAAAAUACCAGAAAGCAGAAAACAUGUAUGCUCAAAUAAAAGAAGAGGUGCGCCAGCGGGCCCUGGCUCUGGAUGAGGCUGUUUCACAGUCUGCUCAGAUUACAGAGUUUCAUGAUAAAAUCGAGCCAAUGUUGGAGACUCUGGAGAACCUUUCCUCUCGCCUACGUAUGCCACCCCUGAUCCCUGCUGAAGUAGACAAGAUUAGAGAAUGCAUCAGUGACAAUAAGAGUGCCACCAUGGAACUGGAAAAACUGCAGCCAUCCUUUGAGGCCCUAAAGCGCAGAGGAGAAGAACUCAUUGGGCGAUCUCAGGGAGCAGACAAGGAUCUGGCUGCAAAAGAAAUCCAGGACAAACUUGAUCAAAUGGUAUUCUUCUGGGAGGACAUCAAAGCUCGAUCUGAAGAACGAGAAAUUAAAUUCCUUGACGUCCUUGAAUUAGCAGAGAAGUUCUGGUAUGAUAUGGCAGCUCUCCUGACCACCAUCAAAGACACCCAGGAUAUCGUCCAUGACUUGGAAAGCCCAGGCAUUGACCCAUCCAUCAUCAAGCAACAGGUUGAAGCUGCUGAGACUAUUAAGGAAGAGACAGAUGGUCUACAUGAAGAAUUGGAGUUCAUUCGGAUCCUUGGAGCAGAUUUGAUUUUUGCCUGUGGAGAAACUGAGAAGCCUGAAGUAAAGAAGAGCAUUGAUGAGAUGAAUAAUGCUUGGGAAAACUUAAACAAAACAUGGAAAGAGAGGCUAGAUAAGCUUGAGGAUGCCAUGCAAGCCGCUGUGCAGUAUCAGGACACACUGCAGGCUAUGUUUGAUUGGCUAGAUAACACUGUGAUCAAACUCUGUACCAUGCCCCUAGUCGGCACUGACCUCAACACUGUCAAAGAUCAGUUAAAUGAGAUGAAGGAGUUCAAAGUUGAAGUUUACCAACAGCAAAUUGAAAUGGAGAAGCUCAAUCAUCAGGGUGAACUAAUGUUAAAGAAAGCUACUGAUGAAACAGACAGAGACAUUAUACGAGAACCACUGACAGAACUCAAACACCUCUGGGAGAACCUGGGUGAAAAAAUUGCCCACAGACAGCAUAAGCUAGAGGGUGCUCUCUUGGCCCUUGGCCAGUUCCAGCAUGCUUUAGAGGAGUUAAUGAGUUGGCUGACUCACACUGAAGAGUUGCUGGAUGCUCAGAGACCAAUAAACGGAGACCCAAAAGUCAUUGAAGUUGAGCUUGCAAAGCAUCAUGUCCUAAAAAAUGAUGUUUUGGCUCAUCAAGCCACAGUGGAAACAGUUAACAAAGCUGGUAAUGAACUUCUUGAAUCAAGUGCUGGAGAUGAUGCCAGCAGCUUGAGAAGCCGUUUGGAAACCAUGAACCAGUGUUGGGAGUCAGUGCUACAGAAAACAGAGGAGAGGGAACAGCAGCUUCAGUUGACACUGCAACAGGCCCAAGGUUUCCACAGCGAAAUUGAAGAUUUCCUCUUGGAACUGACUAGAAUGGAGAGCCAGCUUUCAGCAUCUAAGCCCACAGGGGGACUUCCUGAGACUGCUAGGGAACAGCUUGAUACACAUAUGGAGCUCUAUUCCCAAUUGAAAGCGAAAGAAGAGACUUACAAUCAGUUGCUUGAUAAGGGCAGGCUCAUGCUCCUAAGCCGUGAUGAUUCUGGGUCUGGCUCAAAAACAGAACAGAGUAUAGCACUCUUGGAACAGAAGUGGCAUGUAGUCAGCAGUAAAAUGGAAGAAAGGAAGUCAAAGCUGGAAGAAGCCCUCAACUUGGCAACAGAAUUCCAGAAUUCCCUACAAGAAUUUAUCAACUGGCUCACUCUAGCCGAGCAGAGCUUAAACAUUGCUUCUCCUCCCAGCCUGAUUCUGAACACUGUCCUUUCUCAGAUAGAAGAACACAAGGUUUUUGCUAAUGAAGUAAAUGCUCAUCGAGACCAGAUCAUUGAACUGGAUCAAACUGGGAAUCAGUUAAAGUUCCUUAGCCAAAAACAGGAUGUUGUUUUAAUCAAGAACUUGUUAGUUAGUGUCCAGUCUCGGUGGGAGAAGGUUGUCCAGCGAUCUAUUGAAAGGGGUCGAUCACUAGAUGAUGCCAGGAAGCGCGCAAAGCAAUUCCAUGAAGCUUGGAAAAAACUCAUUGACUGGCUAGAAGAUGCAGAGAGUCAUCUGGAUUCAGAACUGGAGAUAUCCAAUGACCCAGACAAAAUCAAACUUCAGCUUUCUAAACAUAAGGAGUUUCAGAAAACUCUUGGUGGCAAACAGCCUGUGUAUGAUACCACAAUUAGAACUGGCAGAGCACUAAAAGAGAAGACUUUACUUGCUGAUGAUACUCAGAAACUGGAUAACUUAUUAGGUGAAGUCAGAGACAAAUGGGAUACUGUUUGUGGCAAGUCUGUGGAACGGCAACACAAGUUGGAAGAAGCCCUACUGUUUUCAGGCCAGUUCAUGGAUGCUUUGCAGGCCUUGGUUGACUGGUUGUAUAAGGUAGAGCCUCAGCUGGCCGAGGACCAGCCUGUGCAUGGAGACUUGGACCUUGUCAUGAACCUCAUGGAUGCCCAUAAGGUUUUCCAAAAGGAACUUGGAAAGCGAACAGGUACUGUUCAGGUCCUAAAGCGAUCAGGCAGAGAACUGAUUGAGAACAGUCGAGAUGACACCACUUGGGUAAAAGGACAGCUCCAGGAACUGAGCACUCGCUGGGACACUGUGUGCAAACUCUCUGUUUCCAAGCAAAGUCGACUUGAGCAGGCCUUAAAACAGGCAGAAGAGUUUCGGGACACAGUCCACAUGCUGUUGGAGUGGCUUUCUGAAGCUGAGCAAACACUUCGUUUUCGGGGAGCACUGCCUGAUGACACAGAGGCCCUACAGUCACUCAUUGACACCCAUAAGGAAUUCAUGAAGAAAGUAGAAGAGAAGCAAGUGGAUGUGAAUGCAGCAGUGGCCAUGGGAGAAGUCAUCCUGGCUGUCUGCCAUCCUGAUUGCAUCACAACUAUCAAACACUGGAUCACAAUCAUCCGAGCUCGCUUUGAGGAGGUUCUGACAUGGGCAAAGCAGCACCAACAGCGCCUGGAAACAGCCCUGUCAGAACUGGUGGCUAAUGCUGAGCUGCUGGAAGAACUUCUGGCAUGGAUCCAGUGGGCUGAGACUACACUCAUUCAACGAGACCAGGAGCCAAUCCCUCAGAACAUUGACCGAGUUAAAGCCCUUAUUGCUGAGCAUCAGACAUUUAUGGAAGAAAUGACACGUAAACAACCUGAUGUGGACCGGGUCACCAAGACAUACAAAAGGAAGAAUGUAGAGCCUGCUCAUGCUCCUUUCAUCGAGAAAUCUCGCAGUGGUAGCAGAAAGUCCUUAAAUCAGCCCACACCUCCUCCUAUGCCAAUCCUCUCACAAUCUGAAGCGAAAAACCCACGGAUCAAUCAGCUCUCUGCCCGCUGGCAGCAAGUGUGGCUGUUAGCGCUGGAACGCCAGCGGAAACUGAAUGAUGCCUUGGAUAGAUUGGAGGAGUUGAAGGAAUUUGCCAACUUUGACUUUGAUGUCUGGAGGAAAAAGUAUAUGCGUUGGAUGAAUCAUAAAAAGUCUCGGGUCAUGGAUUUCUUCCGGCGCAUUGACAAGGACCAAGAUGGGAAGAUAACACGCCAGGAGUUUAUUGAUGGCAUUUUAGCAUCCAAAUUCCCUACCACCAAGUUAGAGAUGACUGCUGUGGCUGAUAUUUUUGACAGAGAUGGAGAUGGCUACAUUGACUACUAUGAAUUUGUUGCUGCUCUCCAUCCUAACAAAGAUGCUUAUCGACCAACAACUGAUGCAGAUAAAAUUGAAGAUGAGGUCACAAGACAGGUGGCUCAAUGCAAGUGUGCAAAAAGAUUUCAGGUGGAGCAGAUUGGAGAGAAUAAAUACCGGUUCUUCCUCGGCAAUCAGUUUGGGGAUUCUCAGCAGUUGCGGCUGGUCCGUAUUCUGCGCAGCACCGUGAUGGUUCGAGUUGGUGGAGGAUGGAUGGCCUUGGAUGAGUUUUUAGUGAAAAACGAUCCCUGCCGAGCACGAGGUAGAACUAACAUCGAACUUAGAGAGAAAUUCAUCCUGCCAGAGGGGGCAUCUCAAGGAAUGACCCCUUUCCGAUCACGAGGCCGAAGAUCCAAACCAUCUUCCCGGGCAGCUUCUCCUACCCGCUCUAGUUCAAGUGCUAGUCAGAGUAACCACAGUUGUACAUCCAUGCCAUCUUCUCCAGCUACCCCAGCCAGUGGGACCAAGACUCUGUUUCAGUUAUCUCGCUGUUAUGACAAACCCUGGUUGGUAAACAGUAAAGCUGGCACCCCUGUCAGGGACAGCCCUUGUCCUGACCUCCAGCUGCUCAGCCCUGAGGUUAUUCCAACAACGGGCAGCAAGUUGAAACGACCAACACCAACUUUUCAUUCUAGCCGAACAUCCCUUGCCGGGGAUACGAGUAACAGUUCUUCCCCUGCUUCUACAGGUGCCAAAGCAAAUCGGGCAGACCCUAAGAAAUCAGCCAGUCGCCCUGGGAGCCGGGCUGGGAGUCGAGCCGGAAGUCGAGCCAGCAGUCGGAGAGGGAGUGAUGCCUCUGACUUUGACCUUUUAGAGACACAGUCUGCUUGUUCAGACACUUCUGAAAGCAGUGCCGCAGGGGGCCAAGGCAGUUCCAGGAGAGGGCUAACCAAACCUUCUAAAAUUCCAACCAUGUCUAAGAAAACCACUGCUGCCUCCCCCAGGACUCCAGGUCCCAAGCGAUAACACUGUACAAGCAAGCGCCCCACACCACUGUCCACUUCAAAUCCUGCUCCAUACAUUGGGUGUAUAUUUAUUCCAAACGGGAGAAGUUAUAUUGUUAAAAGUGUAAAAGAAUAAUUGUGUUAUGAAGCUGCCUUAUUUUUUUUUCCUUUUUGUAAGUUACUAUUUUCAUGUGAAUAUUUAUGUAGAUAAAAUUUGCCUCCUGGUAACCCAGUAAUGAAUGGGACCCAGAAAUGAAAUAUUUGAGGAAAACAAGUGAAAAGGUCAAAAUACAAAUGUGUAUUAAAAAAAAAAAAGAAAAGCCUCUAGGGUUUCUGUGUGGUGCAGGGUUGUAAACCUGCUUUAUCUUUUAGGAUUAUUCCUAAAUGCAUCUUCUUUAUAAACUUGACUUGCUGUCUUAGCAAGAUAAAUUAUAUUAAAAAAAAAUAAGAAUCCUGAAGUGUUUAAGGAACUCUUUUUUUGUAAAUCACAGACACCUCAAUGAACAAGAACUGAGGGGAGGGCACUUAUAAUUGCAUUUCCAUUGUUUUAAUGUUGUGUGAUUUUAGUCAGAGAACCUCAUGUAGGUAGUGUUUGCACACAAUACAGAAAAAAAAAAGAGUUCAUUGCAAUACUGUCUUGGGUUACUCAGUACUCGGUGUUUAAAGGACACAUAGCUGCUAGAAUUCAGGGUUCAAUGUAACUGUUCAAAAACGUCAGAACAUUGGGAUUUUAAACUGAUUUGUAACAAUCCAGCCCAGCCACCAGUAACUUCUAUGCACCCCAGGACCCAGAUCCUUGGCAAAGGGAGACUUUUUUGGUGGCAUUGUGAAUCACAGAUUUGUUUAUCUACAUUUUUUCGCUAUUUAUUGAAAUGGUCGAUCAACUUCCCACAAACUUGAGGAAUGAAUUCCAUGAGCCUAUCUGAAAAUGUGGAUCUAAAACAAACACUUGCUCGUCCUUUAACGGAGUUCACCAGCACACUGUUCACCCGUCCCGUUUGCUCCCGUCUUUUUCUGUGUGUAAUAAAGUCAACUGACCAAGUGACUGCAACGAGGGGCUGUCUGGGGCUCCUGUUCGUUAGCUGCUCUUCCUCUUCAGCUCCGACCAUGUUGCUGUGUAAUUAUCUCAAUUGGUUUUAAUUGAGGCAGAAAACUGAAGCUCUACCAAUGAACUGUUUAAAAACAAGACACACUUUUGUAUUAAAAUUGCUUGCAGUAACUAA